AUGGCUGCCGCAUUGAACCCAACCCAGCAGCGCAUCAGGCAGUCGCCGCCGGUCGACAUCACCAAGCCGUGCAGCGAUGCGUGGGUCAAGGGCAGACAUAUCCUGAUCACCGGCGGCGUUGGCGGCUUCGGCGCCGGGUUUGCUGCGAGAUGGGCUGCUGCUGGGGCGUCCGUCGUGGUUGGCGACAUCAACGUCCAGAAGGGCGAGGACUUGGUCAAGGGGCUGCGCGAGGAGCUCGGCUCUCCGAACAUCCAUUUCGUGCGCUGCAAUGUCACUGAGUGGGACUCCCAAGUCGCCUUCUUCAAGGAGGCCCUCAAGCUCUCCCCUCACGGCGGAAUCGACGUCGUCGUAGCCAAUGCAGGCAUAGCAAAGAAAGAUGACCUCGCAAAUCUCCACGCCCUCCCCACCGACGAGCCGCAGCGUCCAGACCUCGCCGUCACCGACGUGAACUUGUACGGCGUGCUCUACACGGUGCACCUGGCCAUGUUCUACCUGCCGCGGAACCCCGGCUCCGUGCCCUCGUCGCCGGACCGCGAUCCUCAAAGCAUUACGCGUGACCGCCACCUCUUGCUCGUCGGCUCCAUGGCCUCGCUGGCGCCCAUUGCCGCCCAGCCACAGUACGGUGCGGCAAAGCACGGCGUGCUCGGCCUCUUUCGCUCUCUGCGCUCGACCACCUUCGCCCACGGCGUGCGCAUCAAUAUGAUCUGCCCCUAUUUCGUCGAGACGCCCAUCCUCAUCCGUUCCGCCCGCGUGCUUCUUGCUGGCACCGGCUUGGGCCAGGUCGGCCACGUCAUUGAGGCCGCUACGAGACUUACGGCCGACGCAACCAUCUGCGGGCGUGCACUCAGCAUCGGUCCGCCUGCCAAGUCGAUGAGAGAUGAGAACGGCGUCUUGAUCCCAGCCGUUGGCGAGGAUGCAGAGGGCGCCGACGGCCCGGAGACGGGUAUCUGGGAAUGCUACGCCGACGACUUCGAGCUGGUCGAGGCGUGGACUCGGCGGUGGGUCGCCAUAUUCAGCUACAUCGAGGCCGCCAGGGGCUGGGUUGGCUGGGCGAAGGAUAUCCUCAAGGCCGUGUUUGGAGGGUGA